CGUCUGCUAAAGACCUCUUUAUCUAGGGGAACUACAAAUGACUCCUAUAAUACUCUAUUGCAAAGUUUCAUCAUGCAAAUUCUACAAAAUCCCAUAACAAUACGAGCAAAUGGUUAUUUUACUGUAAAUUUAAAAUCAUUGAUGAAGAUUUUAGCAAAUAUUGCCACCUAUUUAAUAAUACUAAUGCAAUUUCGUAAGGCUAAUGUAAACGAAGAGUCCAUAGAACUAACAACCACAAUUUCCAACAUGCCUAAGAAUAUAAAUGGUUCAUUAAAAUUUCAUAUAGAGGAUAAUUAA